ACGGCUUCGGCACUCGCAAAAUGCCAGAAGACACUACGAUACAUCCUAAAUACUCAACUGCAGAAAGCAGUCUAAAUCUGUACUGAGCUGUUUCCAGCCUGUGUGCGCCCGGAAACAUCCUCGGCGAUGUAGCUGCACUUCGUCAAUCAUGGCUUCCAUAACCUCACCUCGCCCCGAGUCUCCUGCAAUUCCUCGAAUCACAUCCCCUUCGACUCCCAGUGCAAGUGGCACACCCACCUCCUCCGUGCGGCCGUCCUUCGAUAUUCCAAGAAGCGACACCGCCUCACCAGCCCUGCCACAACAUGGCACGCCGGUUCCCAACCCCGCCCAAAGACGCAACCGCGCUGCCUUACGCGACUACUAUAACCUAAAAGCACGAAACGCUGCGGCCGGGGCCGGGGCUGGUGCGGACUACGACCUCAGCCGAAAGACGAGUAUCGUGUCAAACGCAUCAGACUCGACUAUAACCUCUUACCCCGCCGCCAAUGCCGACUCCUCGUCUCUAACCACUCAAUUGGACGAACCGUCCUUCGACGCGGAAGCCUACGUCUCCGAACUGCUCAAGACCGCCAGUCUACGAGACAUACUGAAGACAGAGAGCGCACUGGUCAGCGAGAUCCGAAACCUCGAUGGCGAGCGCAAGGCCCUCGUCUACGACAACUACAGCAAAUUGAUCAAGGCGGUGGGCACGAUCGCCGAAAUGCAGAAGGGCAUGCACAAGCGUGAACCGGAUCGACUCAGCGUACUGGGCAUACGCAAGGAUCCGGAACCGGGCCUGGACGGCGUAGAGAAACUUGGGGAGAAGCUGGAUGGGUUGCUCGAGACGGUGAAGCAGCUGGGGCCUCAGCAGACGGAGGAUACGAAGAUAUUCGUCGAAGCGAGAGAAAAGAGACGGCAGAAGGAGACGGUAAAGUGGGCACUGGAUGCACCAUCUCGGUUGCGGGGCAUGCUUGCCAGAGGCGAUAGAGAUGGGGCCGAGCAGGAGUACCAAUCUGCCCUGCAGCUAUUGGACCAGUGGAAGGGAGUUACUGGUGUAAGCGGGCUUCGCGUAAGGUGUGAGCAGAUCAUGAAGCAGUCGGAGAAUCCAGACCAACAUGCAGACGAGCAUGAGGAAGAAUCCGAAACAUGAGUCUGUAACUACGGCUCGAACUCAACACAAUGUUUGAUUUCAAUCAGCGCAGCUCCUGUACCGGGACACCGAGUCUCUAUGUCGACUCUGCACCAGUGACAAGAGGUCUCAUGUCAGUCCUAGGAGACCAGGCCGAUCAGAUAGCCAGGAUGCAAUCUCCUCGGAUUCUGCCUCACCCACCACGACUUGGCAUGACCGCACCGUCUCACUGCCAUGUCACGAGCAAAAAGAAUGCAAC